AUGAGGAUUAACAGCAGAGGAAGCAUCGUGAACAAGAAGGCGGACUACUGUAUUCAAAGACUACUUGUGGUGUUUGAUGCGCUUGACAACGACCCUCAGGAGGGUACAAGCAACCCGCUAGACACAUUGACUACCGAUUUUGUUUUCCAGCAUAUCAAGCUCCCAACAGAGGAAUUCCUAAACCAGUGUAGUCGGCAGGAAGAGUCAGAGCAGGCUCAAUUGUUUUUAGAUAUCUUUUCAAGCAUUCCACUUUGCGAAUGA